UUGAAUUGUGAUUACAAAAAGCUAAUAGUAUCUUAAAUCAAAAGAAAAACAACAAAUUAAACUUAAAUAAUAACAGGUACUUACUUCCAUUCAAUAAAUAAAAGGAUUUCCAUAGUUUUUCUUUAGCAAAAAAAUUUAAUGAUAAAUAUCAAUCGAUUCUUGCAAAAGUCUUAUGAGCUUUAGCAAAAAUAGUAUGAGUUAGAAGUAUAAAAUUCAAAGAUAAAACAUGAAAAAUCAUCUAACUCAUCUCAUAGUCAGUAUAUCAGCCAAGAAUAAACUUUAUAAUAAGAUUAGUUAUACUAGAGCUAACCAGGUAUUCAAAAUAGAGUCGCCUAUUCCUUUCCGUUAAAAAUAAAUUAAGUUUAGCAAACUGAAUAGUCUGUUUUUGACUAAAAUAUUUAAAAUAAUUAUUGUUCUUCAUAAAUUUAGAAUUCAGGUACAAAUAUGAUGGCAUCAUGUGCUUAAUUUACUUUUAGAAAUUAAAAUGGCUCAUAGAAAAAAAUUUAAAGCCCAGCUCUUCAGUCGCCUAUCCCUCCUUCUACUUAAUCAUUCAGUGAUAAUACAAUUUAAAACAAUAUUAUAAUGAAUAAUCUUAUGACUCAAAACUCACUUAACUUUAAUAAAGAGAAAAAGCAAAACUAUUAAACUCUACCACAUGCCUUUUAAAAUAUUUCAAACAUUCAUUAUGAAGAGAUAGAACAUGAAGAUAAUAAUUAUACUCCUAUUUCAUACAAUAUUAGCAGUAAUUUAAAAUGGGAUUAUACGAUAUCAAAAACUUCUUAGCUUUAAGCUUCUUCAAUUUAAAGUUAAUGCUUAGUAGAUGAAAGUGCUUUUAGCAAGUAAUAAAUAAAUAAGCCUCUUCUUACUGAAAUUCCUCAUUAUCCAAUGAUGGAAAAAGCUAAUUUAGAAUAUAACUGCAACCGUUUGAGUGAAAUUCCCAUUCAAAAUCAGGACUAAUCAUUUGAAUCUAAGUUCUUAAUAAAUUCUCCUUAGCUGCCUAUAAGUGGUUGCUUUUCACCAUCAAAAAUUAGUGACUUAUCCUGUCUAAAAAUAGAAAAUUUUAAUCCGCAAUAUAUUGAAAACAAUGUUUUAGUAACAAAUCAAUGGGAGAAUAAUCCUUAAUCUACUAAUUUAACCAUGAAUAGCAUAAUUAAUGGAGGAGUAUUAAAUUUUCAUAUCAAUUUAAACAGCAAUAACAAUAACAAGUAGUAGAUUGAACCAAAUAAUCGCUAUAACAACGUUGAAUAAAGCUGUCACGAAUAAGAUUUAUUUGAAUAAAUACCUAUGGAUAAUAUAACAAGCCAAGUAGUAAAAAAUUUCGAAUCUAUGGAGUCAUCUAUCAGCUAUAAUCACUCAGCAUCAAUCGUUUCGGAUGCUUUAUAAGAGAAUCAGUAAAAAAAUACAUCUCUCAAACAAGAAUUAGAAAAUAUUAUAAAUUCUACUAGAGAAAAUACAAACUAAAUUCCUCUUAAUACAGAGUGCAAUAAUGGUAAUCGAUUACCUGCAGAGUUUAAAAAUUAAGAUUCUUAGCCACAUAAAAGUGAAUUAAAUUAUUUUUAAUAGUAAAAUUCACACUUUAUUUCAUCUCAUGCUUCAUCGAAUUCUUAAUUACAAGAUUAAAAGAAUUUACUAACAUUUAAAUCAGAUAUAAAAGAAGGUUUAGCUGAUAAUGGAAAUAAUGAUCAUUAAAUUAGUGAAUUCGAUAAAGAAAAUCAAGAAAUUAAUUAUAACUAUGAACCUAAGAGCAACAGAAAUUAUUAAGUAUCUGUGAGUACAGCGAGUUCUUCAGACUAAUUUACUCAUAGAUAGAAGUAAGACACUCUAAGGAAGCUUCUGUCUCCUCAGGGUCACUAAGAGCUGAUGAGCUAAUUCCUUGGAUCCAGUUAAACAUUAAGCCACUUUGAAAAUAAUAAAUAGUAAUUGAUUCCAACAGAUGAAUUCUUUUAAAAAUCUAGAUAGUAGCUUGAUUCAACAAGAAAUAACCCUAAUAAUAUUUUAAACAUAUUAAACAGAUCAAGAGAUAUGUCACCAAUUAAUCAAAACUCCUCAGGAAGUAAAAGAAUAGGAGGUAAUUAGAGCAUGGUAAAUUUAUAGAACUUGAUAUCAAGCACAAGAAAUACCUAAACGAAAUAAAUUAAUUUAAAUUAUUUGGCUUCUAAUAAUACAUAACUUUCAGAUAAGAAGCAAAAAAUUCCUAAGUUAUCUAUUAAUAUAAGCUAGGCUGACUUGAAAAAUUCCUAGACAGAAUUUGGAAAGGCUUCUGUUUCUCCAAAUAGAUUAUUUCAGAGCUAAAGUACUAAAAAUAUUCUAAGUUCUAGUAGGAGUGGAAGUAAUCUAAGAGGAGCAAAACAAGGAACAGAUGGUGAGGAUUUUAAACUAUUUUAGAUAAGUAAUACAACCAGAAACAAAUGUAUUUCAAUUAAUAUUGCAUAAAUUAGUAAUUAUGUCACUUAGUAAGCAGCCACAACUACUAAUAGCAGCAUAGGAAACAAAACCCCAUAACUAUUUAAAAGAUUAAACAAUAAAUCUAUGAGUAAUGCCACAUCUACAACCACUUAACAGAUUGCAAACCCAACAAAGACCAAUAAUUCUAUCUCACCAACAAGAAAAUUGUAAAUAUAAAUAAGCUAAAUUAUCUCACCAACUCAUCAUAAAAAUACAAGCCUAUCUCCCAACUAAAAUAAUUAAUUUGUCUCUUUAAAUAAAUAAAACACUAUGAAUAAAUAAAAAACUCCUAAAAACUCUGAGAAUAAUCAAAAUACUAAUAUAUAAAAUUCAGCAGCAAGUCCUUAAAGAGACAUUUUAAAAUAAUAUUAGUUAAUUUAUAAACCAGAAAAGAAGCUAAGCAGUAUAAAUAGCAAUAGUAGUGCCGCUCAAAUGAGAAGAAGUAACACAUAGAGAUAUCUAUUAAAUAAUAGCAAUAACAAUUAAAACUCAUGUCUCAAUAUUAGUAAAAAUAAUAAUAAUUAAUCAUCUUUCCUCAAUAAAUCAAAUGAACUUAUAAAAAAGAAUUUUUAGGUUAUCUAAUCUAAGAAUUAAGCAAUUAAAAAUUUGAAUGCAGUGUAGUCAAAAGAUUUUAAGCUUGAAAAAUUUUACAAGACAAAUUAAAAGUAGGUUGACAAUAUCCCUAAAAAAUCAGGACUGAGUUAAAUGAUUAGUGAUAGAAAUCAACACAAGUCAAUUAAUUUGAACUAAUUAGCUUUAAAUAACAAUUCAAGUACAAAUAUAAAAAAUACUAGUAACUUUAAUAUUCCUCACUUAAAUAAUGAUGAAAAUGAAUAAAGAGUGCAUGAAAAAUUGUUAGAAGAAAAUUGUUAACAAUUAAAAUUUUCAGGAAUAUAAAUAAACACAUAAUAAAAAGUUAUUUCAAAUAAUAUCUUAACAACUCCAAACAGUUAAAGCUAGAAACAAAUUCUCUAAAAAUGCUUACAUAGCAUGGUAUAAAUCUACUGCAACAUAUGCAAUAGAAAAUCUAGAAAUAAUAUUUAAUAAUUAUUAUCAAAAAGAUGA